AUGUCCAACACCGAACGGUGUGGAGCAUACACCACUGUUACGCAUUAUAUUCAUAUAGCAACGAUCAAACGACGAGCGUAACACCAACCGUGAAUGAAAUAGUUGGAUCCGUCAGUAAGGAUUAACUCAGUCGUCGCGGGCAACGUUUUGCAGCCUCUUCGUCUCACUCGGUUUUCUCCCUUCUCGCGAUUCUACAGAGUAUUCCAUCGUAUUGUUUUUUUUUUUUUUUUUCUUCUUUUCAUCUUCUUGCAGCCAAGCUCAUAGUGGCACAGGUGUAGAGAGAAAGGAGACAUUUUUUCAGUCUGAAUGGGGUGAACUGAUAAUAUAUAUUUAAACAGUACGUGAUAACUUUAUUUGGUCGAUUAGAAUUCGUGCCACAAAACUUUAAUAAAAAAUUAAAAUAUCUCCGUCAAUUGGAAAAUAUAAAUUCUAAAUACGAAGAAGAAAAAAGCGGGUAAACGAAACAGGAGAAGAAGAAAAGAAAUCUGUUGAUCUGUUUAAAAUGAGUGGUGAAUAUUUAUAAAAUGUUGCCGAUUUUCAAGUUCCAUUGCCGAAUUACUUGAUUCACAAAUAUUAAUCAAAUGCUCAAUCAGAGGAAAAACGUCAAGUUCAUUGAGGUGAGGAAGAAAUGUCACAGCUGACCUCCAGUGAUCUUCUGGGCAAUGUAAAGAGUCGUUACUACACAACAAAAGACAUUCGUACAGGAUGACACCGACGGGUGGCCGUUCGCGCACCGCCUCCGAAUCAAACCCUGGAGCCGGUGCCUCGUCGGCCUUGUCAUCUGCCGAGGAAGGGGCAGAAGUCAGCAUGCUUGAAGAUGGGGACGGAAAUCGUCUUCCCGACAUCGUAGUAGAGAGCAAACUUUAUGGCGCUGAUGCUGACGAGCCCAUGGAAUCAUACUUGGCAAUUACAAUCCAAGUUUUUAUACCGUUUCUGGUCGCCGGACUGGGAAUGGUCGGUGCGGGGCUGGUCUUGGAUUUGGUUCAACAUUGGGUGGUGUUCGAGAGAGUAAACGAGCUGAUGAUCUUGGUACCGGCACUCUUGGGUCUUAAAGGUAACCUUGAGAUGACCUUGGCAUCGAGACUCUCUACUCAAGCAAACCUCGGACACAUGGAUACACCGAAACAGCAAUCAUCCAUGAUAGUGGGAAACCUUGUCUUGAUUCAGUGCCAAGCAAUAGUCGUUGGUUUCUUGGGUUCAGUAGUCGCCAUAGUGAUGGGGGCAUUUAGGAACGGAACCGUAUCACUGGACCACGCGUAUCUCCUCUGCGCGAGCAGUCUUGUUACAGCGUCGCUCGCGUCGUUCGUCCUUGGUUUGAUUACCGCUGGAGUGAUUGUUUUUUCACGACAUUGUCACAUCAAUCCCGACAACGUCGCAACGCCAAUCGCAGCCAGCUUAGGGGACAUCACUUCUUUGGCCCUCCUAUCCUGGAUUUCAACGAUACUCUACGAAUCCAUUGACAAACAAGACUGGCUCGCGCCUCUAAUUAUAGCCUGUUACAUCCUGGUCACACCACUUUGGGUCUGGAUUGCUAAAAAAAAUGAACACACCAACGAUGUUCUCUACACCGGCUGGACGCCAGUCAUGAUCGCUAUGCUCAUCAGCAGCUGUGGGGGACUAAUUCUGGAGUUCAUGGUGUCCCGUUUCGAAAACCUGACGGUUUUCCAGCCAGUAAUAAACGGAGUUGGUGGUAACCUGGUCGCGGUACAGGCGAGCCGAAUAUCCACGGCCCUCCACAAGCAGGCUGACCUCGGAACUUUGCUGAUACCGCCGGGUCUCGCUCAUCCGGUAAUCUUCAUCACGCCGAUAGCAAACUUUUUUGGAAAAGGUAUGCAUGCCAGGACUACUAGAGUCCUGAUGGCGAUGGUGAUACCGGGGCAUGUGAUCUUCAUAUACCUUAUAAACUACAUGAAGGAUGGCAACGCAUCCCUGACACCGCUCUUCGUAUUCGUGUACCUUUGCGCGGCUCUUCUUCAAGUAGCGGCUCUCCUUUACAUUGCGUACAUAAUGAUCCACUGGAUGUGGAAGCGAAAAAUCGACCCUGACAAUUCUGCUAUUCCGUACCUCACCGCGAUGGGUGAUCUUCUCGGAAUCAGCCUGCUGGCAAUAGCAUUUCAAUUCCUCUACCUCGUCGGGGAUCAGGACUCUGACCUCCCCCUUUCACCUUAAUCGUAAGAGUAUGUUGGUAAAUAAUCUCCCAGAUUUACUUCUCUCCACGCAUAAUACCAAUCCCAGAAAUGGUCACUUGUUGAUGUUGGUUCGGUAUGUCGUUGGAUAAAUCCUUUAAUACCUCAAACCCCAGACGAUCAAAUUAAAGGUUCUUUUAUCGGGUAACGGCAAACUAUUGAAAAAGCAACAGAAAUUGCAAUUGGCAUUUGAUGGAUAGUUUUCGUUUUCACUCGUGGUCUUGACACUUGCUGCUGGAGGUGAAAUAAUUUCCAUUCUUUGAUAUUAUUCUUCUGUGUUACAGGCACCCCGCAGCUCCGCCAAGGAUUUUUUAUUUAUUCGAAGAAUGAGCUGAAACUUCUAUUCGUAAACGAUAUUUAUACGUCAGUGUGCGUAUGGUGGUAUAUCGAAUUAUACAAUAUACUCAUGGAAAAACUUCGAAAGCCAAUUU